UUUGGCUGCAACGCUCUCUCGCUGCAUUCCCUCACCUGUGCAAAUCCAAUAUGCCGCCGUACCUUGGGCGCAUACUCCCCAGAGCAACAAGGAUACACCGACUUCCGUCGCAUUUUCAGCCUCGCGCCGGACGACUCCCAUUGCACCUUUUGACGCGGCCAGGUCCUACUCGCCGCACGCCAGAAAGUCGAUGUAUCAACCACCAGCUAUUACGCAGUUACUCCACGACCGAUUCACCUUCCACAACCGAACCACCCUCCACUGCUGGUUUGCCAGCUGUCACCUUCUCCUCUGAUUCGGCCCCCGACUUUUCCUCGCCGAUCUCGGCUGACGUGCUUCCCAUUUGCUGUCCUGGAUGUGGUGCCUAUGCGCAGACUGUCGAUCCUAACGAGCCCGGAUAUUACAGCAAAACCAGGAAGCAGACCCGGAAGCAGAAAAAGGUAGCGAAACAGCUUCUAGAGGAUGAAGCUGCUGAAUGGCAGAAAGCCGGAGAAAGGAUUCAGCAAUACCUCACCGAAGGGACUGCGGACUGGGGGAAGUCGCUUGGAAAGCCCAAGGACCUUCUCCAGAAAGACAUAGCCACUGCUAGCGAAUACCUGGAUAAGACGAAGACGCCCACACAGAAAUGUGACCGAUGCCACGACCUUCUGAACGAAAACAAAGCCGUACCGGCCAUAUCACCGACUAUAGACUCCAUCCGGGCCUACUUGGACGAGUCGCCGCACAAACAUAAUCAUGUCUAUCUUUUGGUUGAUGCAGUGGACUUCCCCAUGUCUCUCGUUGACAACAUCCACAAAGCGCUGAACAUCAUGGAUCCGCGCUCUCGGAAUCGCCGCUCGGCAACCCACCAGUAUCGGGGCUCGAAGAGGCUGCCGACCCUGCACAUCAUCAUUACGAGGUCUGAUCUCUUAGCUGCAAAAGAGGAACAGGUCGACUCGAAGAUGGAGUACGUCCGACGCAUGCUCCGUAUUCGCCUCGGACUGGAGAAAGAAGAGGUCCGACUGGGCCAGGUGCACAUGAUCAGUGCCAAGCGAGGCUGGUGGACGAAGAAAGUCAAGGAGGAGAUCCAGAAGCACGGGGGUGGAGUGUGGGUAGUUGGCAAGGCGAAUGUCGGCAAGAGCAGUUUCAUCGAGGCUUGUUUUCCCAAGGACUCGGAGAAUCUGGAGAAGAUCGCGAGCCUCUUGGAGCAACGGGAGGAAGAAUCACAGGCAAAGAACCAGCAGCAUCCAGACUUCCUCGCAUCCGAUGGCCUCUUGCCUCCCGCGCCCCGUGAAGAAAUGUUCCCUGUGCUGCCCGUGGUUUCCUCCCUCGCUGGUACAACAGUCUCCCCGAUUCGCAUUCCCUUCGGCCGCGGCCGUGGCGAGAUGAUCGAUCUUCCUGGCCUCGAACGCGGCAACCUCGCCGAUUUCGUGCUUCCCGAGUACCAACGUAACCUUCUCAUGACGAAACGCGUGGAACCCGAGGACACCCUGACCAUUAAAGGACAUCAGUCCCUCCUCUUAUGUGGCGGCCUCAUCCGCAUCACCCCCGUAAACCCCGAGGAUAUUGUCCUGGCAGCCUGCUUCGUGCCCUUCGAUACCCACGUAACCAGCACUCAGAAGGCCCUCGCAAUACAGUCCGGCGACCGCGACUUUCCAAACAAGCCCAUCCUCCGCCCGGAGACCUACGAUACCUUCACCUCUGCCGGCCGCAUUAACCUUCAAUGGGAUGUGACCAAGUCCCACCUCCCAACCCGCAUUGCUAAAGCCGCGGCAGACAAGGGCGUCCCCAUUCCCCGCCUCCCUUACCGGGUGAUGGCCGCCGACGUGCUGAUCGAGGGCUGCGGCUGGGUCGAGCUCACCGUGCAGACUCGCGCUGAACACCAGGCCCUUGAACUCGACGACUACGACGAGGAUGCCGAAAGCGACCUGCUGGCCGAAUUCGAGGACGAUAGUGGUGGUGGUGGUGUGGACGCGGGUCGCUUCUCCCGGACGCCUCAGGUCGAGGUCUUUACCCCCCACGGCCGCCACAUCGGCUCUCGGCCGCCCCUGGAAACCUGGAAGUUUAUCGCCGAUUACAGAAAGGCUAAAGCCCGGAGGAUGAAAGAGCGGAAACGCCAGAGCAUCAGCCGAAAGAAACGGGUGCAGGCCAGUCGUCGUGCUCAACAAUCAUCCUCUUAGCUUCCUGUCACCCUUUCCUCCGUUACAUCGUCCUCGUCCUUGGGGGUGUGCUGGGGAGAUGUUAAUUGGUGUUUUUAUGUAAAUUAGCAUGCGUUUCGCAUAGCGAUUGGUGUUGUUUUGGGAUUAGUCGAUUGUUGCACAAAUG